AACAGCGCGCGUACACCAGGCACCAGCUUUGUCGCACAGUUCGCCGGAACCGAGAAGCGCCAUUUGAGAAUUUGGGAUGGCGCUCGCUAGGGUUUCAUCGUCUUCCUCUCCCCGCCUCCUCCCCUCCCCGCUGCUCCACUCCUUCCUCCGCCCCUUCUUCUCCUCCCCCUCGGUCUCUCCCCGCCAUCCCUCCCGCCCAAAAAGAUUGCCCAUCGCCGCCGCCAUAUCCCAGGCAUCACCUUCUCCCCGCGCUGUGAGGGAGGGGGAGACGAUGGAGGCGCCGAGGUCCGGCUCCAGGCGCCCCUGGAAGCCCACGUGCUUGUACUACACCCAGGGCAAGUGCACCAUGAUGAAUGAUGCAUUGCAUCUCGAGAAGUUCAGUCACAAUUUGAUGAUGGACCUUCCAGUGAAUGCGUCAGCCGCAGAUAAAGUGAAGCCUCAGAAACUGGAUUAUUUUCUGAUUCUUGAUUUAGAGGGUAAGGUUGAAAUUCUUGAAUUCCCGGUCGUGAUGAUUGAUGCGCAAAGUAUGGAAUUUAUCGAUUCGUUUCACAGGUUUGUGCGACCAACCGCAAUGAGUGAGCUAAGAAUAACAGAAUACAUAGAAGGGAAAUAUGGAAAAUUUGGAGUUGACCGUGUAUGGCAUGACACUGCUAUAACUUUCAAGGAAGUGCUGCAAGAGUUUGAGGACUGGAUUGGAAAUCACAACCUGUGGAGUAAGGAGCAAGGAGGAUCACUCAACAGUGCAGCAUUUGUUACUUGUGGAAAUUGGGAUUUGAAAACGAAGGUCCCUGAGCAGUGCAGGGUUUCAAAAAUAAAGUUGCCUACUUAUUUUAUGGAGUGGAUUAAUUUGAAGGAUAUCUACCUCAACUUCUAUAACAGAAGGGCAACUGGAAUGAUGACAAUGAUGAGGGAGCUUCAAAUGCCAAUUGUUGGAAGCCACCAUCUUGGAAUAGACGAUUCAAAAAAUAUAGCAAGAGUAGUUCAGCGCAUGCUUGCUGAUGGUGCUGUGAUUAAAAUUACUGCAAAGAGGCAAUCAGCUACUGGCGAUGUGAAAUUUCUUUUCAAGAACCGAAUCAGGUGAUUGAAAAGUGUGACAUGCAAAUUUUAAACGUGGCUAAGCUGAUGAGAAUGCUGUCCAGUGGACAGGAGUAGCAACUGCAUGGUCAAUGCCAAGAGUUUGUGUUGAUGAAUUGUCUAGCUAUUACUUUCAACAUUCCAGACUGACCAUUUAUUGAAGAUCUGAUGAUGUUAUAUCAUUGGCUGAAUGUCAUAUCAAACUUCUAGAGCAGACCAAGAUCAAAUUGAGAAUGCAAUACAUAUCUAUCGCAUGGCGGAUCAAAUAUUCCUGAAAUCAGGAUUUUUCGACUCAGCGAUCAGCAUCCAAAUUAAUGGGUCAGAUAGAUAUGGCCAUCGUUCAUUAUGUUAGCGUGUACUUGCAAAUUAAUUGGUGAGAUAGAUAUGGACAUAUGGUCAUCAUUCAUUAUGUUAGCGUGUACUUCAUAUGCUUGGUAGUAGCCAUGUGAAGGUACAUGUUCCUGCAUUAGUCUUGAAUGCUGUGCUAACUCGUUGCUGGUAACAUAUGUAGCUAUUUUUAUUUGUUGAACUGGCAUCGUGUAUGUAGUAUUUACUCUUUGUGUUAAAGGGAACGAGAACUGAGGCUGGUCCAACUCACUCACAGUUCCAGAAAUGUUGAUAAAUCAGCAGUAUCAUUUUCUU